UAUUAUCCUGCCCGGGCGCCGCCCCUGCCCUGACCCUGGUAUAACUCGCCGUCCCCAGAAAUCUUCGGCGCAGAACACACCGCAACCACCGAUCACCAGCGAAUACUUGGAAAGCAAGCAAGGCGAAGCCGGCAUGGACUCCUUCUCGUCGUCGUCGAUGUCGUCCUCCGGCUCGCAGCAAAGCACGGAUGCGGUCAUGGAGCAGAUCAAGGCGCAGCUCGCCCAGGCCUAUGCCCAGGAGUUCAUGGAGACUCUUGGGACCAAGUGCUUCGCGAAGUGUGUGACCAAGCCAGGAACAAGCUUGACAGGAAGCGAGAGCAGCUGCAUAUCACGCUGCGUUGAGCGUUACAUGGAGGCAACCGGUAUCGUCAGCCGUGCUUUGUUCAGCCAGCGCUAAGAAGCCCGGCAGUGUGACGCUCGAGUCACUGGUACUAUGGGCCGAGCUUUGUCUAGAGUUUCAAGUCGUCAGAAGGCAGUGACGGCUGCUACUUAAUUUGUCGUACACUGUUGAUUCCGUCAAAACACUGGAGGUUUUCUAUGUGCCACUGUCUUCUAGUAUUGCGAAUGGAACUGGAUGUAUUGAGUGGUGCAGAUCUUUUAGCUAA